CGGAGCAGACCGGAGACAUCUCUGCUGAAAUGGAAAGUGGAGGAGAAAGGGAAAGGGAGUGAGAAAGGUUGUGAAGCUGAGGAAGAGCUCGCGGAGGAGGAUGAUGGCCGGAGAGGUGGUAGUCGGGGAUGUCGGAGGAAAGGUGCUUCAAAAGUGUCCGCCAGGAAGCUUGCAGCUGGAUCUUGGCGGUUGCGGUUGCCGGAAACGGUGGAUCCCGAUGUUCCAGUGAGGAGGAGUGAUCAGUUAGAGCUCAAGUCUGGUUAGGAUUUCAUGGGUGUUCCAUUCCAUUAUCAUCUCAAGGACAAAAAUCAUGGUUCAGAGGAUCCAUUACAGAGCCCUAGUUCGGUCUCUGGAGCAAAGAACGGCCUCCUGCGUAAGAUUGAGCCUUCAAUUCAAUUUUUAAACUCCGCAAUGGAGGGAGCAACAAAGUGGGAUCCUGUCCGCUUAAAAACAACUGAUGAGGCAUGGAAAAUUUACAACGACAUGAAGCGUAUUGACCAACAAAUUGGUGCUGUAUCAAUUGUUUCUGCCUUUGAAACUGAGCUGGUGCAGGCUCGAGUUCACAUUGAGGAGCUCGAGACUGAGUGCUGGUCCUCGAAGAAGAAACUUGAGCACUUCUUGAGGAAAGUUAGUGAGGAAAGGGCUGCAUGGCGAGUAGAGAACAUGAGAAAAUACGUGCUUUUGUCGAUGACGUCAAAGCUAACUUGAACCAAGAAAAGAAAAACGCCAGAGGCUUGAAAUUGUUAAUUCAAAAUUGGUGAAUGAGUUGGCCGCUGACAAGUUAUCCUUGGAGGUGUCAUCCAUAGCAAGGCUUUGGAGGUCAUGUCCAAAUAAUGGGGAAACCUAUAAGAUAAUCUCGGUAGUAGGAGUGAAUGGAGGCUUUCAAAUGUAAUAAAGUCAAAUGGUGGUAUUGUAUCCCCAGAUCGAGGAUCGGGUAAAGGUGGUCUGAGUCCCUCAGCGGGACAGUGGAGCUCACCCGACUCUGGUCAUCCACACAUAACAAAAGGAUGAAAGGAUGCAUUGGCCUAACGGCGCGCAGAAAAAUAGUUUGAAAGCAAAACUUUUGGAGGCAAGAAUGGAAAGCCAAAAGGUCCAACUACGGCAUGUUCUUAAACAGAAGAUUUAGAAGUUGACAGUGAUUUUAACAAUGAAAUUCCCACCAGGAAUAAGU